GUACCAUCAACAAUGAUUACUUUUUAAUAGCGUUGAUCAAGUGGGUAAUCUUUUUUCUAUUCGGAGUAAAUUGUUGUGUCCCCCUUCCCCUUUUCGACGGUGCGUUCGGUACCAAAACAUUCUACUUAAAACUGCAAAGUAGGUAACUCACCUUGUUAUUGUUAAUCGCAUCAUCGAACGCGAAACUUCUUUUCGACGGUCACGGCGCACUUAUUAUUGGUCGGUACGUGUGCACUACAUACUGUUAUUAUUGUUGUUGCAUCUGCGGUGACCCCUUGUGGAGUUUUACACAGAAAGAACAAUCAUUUUUUUUUUAAGUGAAACUAAGAGUGUGUCAAUAAGGAAAAGAUUAAAUCACAAUGACAGACUUGAUCGAAAACAUUUCGGUUGAGGCGACUCCCAUUCAGAAGUUCUACGCUGGAGCAAACAUUUUCGUGACUGGAGCAACAGGCUUCCUCGGAAGGAUUUUGGUAGAGAAAUUACUCAGAUCUUGUCCAGAUGUUGCUUCGAUCUACAUUCUCAUUCGAAAUAAGAAGGGCAAAACAGCCCAUGACAGACUGGACGAAAUGUUCGAUGACGUCGUCUUCAAAAGGUUAAAGGACGAGCAGCCGAAGUUUCGACACAAGGUCGUCGCGGUCGCAGGAGACUGUUGCCUUCCUGAUCUCGGAAUGAGCAUGCAGGAUCGCCAAAUGCUCAUCAACGAGAUAAACAUCGUUUUCCACGUAGCAGCGACGGUGAGAUUUGACGAAAAGUUGAAGGUCGCAGUUGCCAUAAACGUUAGAAGUGUACAAGAUGUACUGAAAAUGAGUAAGGAGAUGCUGAACUUAAAGGCAGUGGUCCACGUGUCAACUGCCUUUGCCUACUGUCACUUAAACUCUAUUGAAGAACGAUUUUAUCCUCCGCCGAUGAGUUACAAGAAGUUGUUGACCUUUGUCGACGUCUCAACCGAGACUCUUUUGGAGAAAAUAACUCCUGAAGUCUUGGAUAAAUGGCCAAACACCUACACGUAUACUAAAGCUGUAGGUGAAGAUGUGGUCAACUGUGAAGGUGUUGGACUACCUGUCGCAGUUUUUAGACCAUCUAUAGUGAUAUCUACUUAUAAGGAACCGAUCAAAGCGUGGAUAAACAAUAUGUACGGUCCAACGGGCGUGGUUAUGGGUGCUGGUAUAGGCCUCCUCCACAGUUUGCACUGCAAUCCGAAAGUAAAUGCCAAUAUAGUUCCUGUAGACAUGUGUGUCAAUGCUCUCAUUGCGUCCGCUUGGGAAACGAACAAGAAUUUCGAAGAAAGCCAAAAACUCAACAAGCAACCACCUUCACCCCCGGUACCAAUCUACCAUUUCGAAUCUAGCAACGAAAAUCCGAUUGCAUGGGGUUCGUUCAUGGAUAAAUGCAGUAAAUAUGGAAUGCGCACGCCAACGGUAAAAGCCGUAUGGUAUUACUACCUGUCCCUGCAAACAACCCUCAUAGGGCACAAUUUGUUAAUUUUGUUCAUGCAUUUUCUUCCCGCAUUCUUAUGUGACAUGGCAUUAACUUUAUUUGGAAAACAGCCUAGGUUAAUUAAAGUUUACAAGAAAAUCCACAAAUUCUGUGCGGUAAUUUCCUACUUCAGUACUAGAAGCUUUGAAUUCGGUUCGAAACGUGUCCGAAGUAUGAUAAGGAACAUGACGGAACAAGAUCAAAAAAUAUUUUUCUGUGAUCUUCGAAAAUUAGAUUGGGAUGAGUUUUUCCUGGAGUACACAGAGGGAAUAAGAGUGUACCUCAUUGGUGAUCCGAUUGAAACAUUGGAAGCUGCAAAAAUCAGGUGGAGAAAAUUGUAUUAUCUCCACCAAGGACUCAAAUUACUGCUGCUGUUUUUCGUGGUGAGGAUACUGUGGGCUGUGUUGAAGAUUAUUUUCUUUUAGUAUAGCACAGUAAAAUUUUCGUACUUAUAUCACUUAGGUACACAAAUGUAUUUUUAUUUUUAUUUAUUUCGACUAUCCCUUUGUAAAUAUUAUAUUGUUAAGUCACUCUAAUCUAAUUGUGUGUGUUGUGUUAUAUUAUUAAGGAUUUCAAAUAUAGAUACAUAUAUUUCUACAUUCAA